CGCCGCCGCCGCCGCCACCGCCACCGCUGUUGCCGCCGGGGCUGAGUUCGCUGAAGCCCUGGCUUCAGAACCUGCCCAGUCUUCCCGCCCGCAUUCUGGGCGCCAGCCCCGGGAGCACUGAGUGCUGUGACCGGUGUAGAAGUGGGAGCUGCCGUAGCCUGUGGAGCGGCGGGGACGGUGCCAGCCCCGCUUCCCUUCCCUUCCCUCACCCCUUCCUCCCAUCGCCCCAGUCAUGGGGAACGCGGCGACCGCCAAGAAAGGCAGCGAGGUGGAGAGCGGAAACAGAACAGCAGUAGUGGUUUGAAUACCCUGCAAACAGGAAGUUUGACACAUGCAUAGCUCUUAGCUUCUGUGUACUACUGCUCUUCAGAAAUUGGAAGGUUUUGCUAGCCGAUUAUUUCAUAGACACUCCAAAGGUACUGCACAUGAUCAGAAAACAGCUCUGGAAAAUGACAGCCUUCAUUUCUCUGAACAUACUGCCUUAUGGGACAGAUCAAUGAAAGAGUUUCUAGCCAAAGCCAAAGAAGACUUUUUAAAAAAAUGGGAAAAUCCUGCUCCGAAUAAUGCUGGGCUGGAGGAUUUUGAAAGGAAAAAAACCCUUGGAACAGGUUCAUUUGGAAGAGUCAUGUUGGUGAAACACAAAGCCACUGAACAGUAUUAUGCCAUGAAGAUCUUAGAUAAGCAGAAGGUUGUUAAACUGAAGCAAAUAGAGCAUACUUUGAAUGAGAAAAGAAUAUUACAGGCAGUGAAUUUUCCUUUUCUUGUUCGACUGGAAUAUGCUUUUAAGGAUAAUUCUAAUUUAUACAUGGUUAUGGAAUAUGUUCCUGGUGGUGAAAUGUUUUCACAUCUAAGAAGAAUUGGAAGGUUCAGUGAACCCCAUGCACGGUUCUAUGCAGCUCAGAUAGUGCUAACAUUCGAGUACCUCCAUUCACUAGACCUCAUCUACAGAGAUCUAAAACCUGAAAAUCUCUUAAUUGACCACCAAGGUUAUAUCCAGGUCACAGACUUUGGGUUUGCCAAAAGAGUUAAAGGCAGAACUUGGACAUUAUGUGGCACUCCAGAAUAUUUGGCUCCAGAAAUAAUUCUCAGCAAGGGCUACAAUAAGGCAGUGGAUUGGUGGGCAUUAGGAGUGUUAAUCUAUGAAAUGGCGGCUGGCUACCCCCCAUUCUUUGCAGACCAACCAAUUCAGAUUUAUGAAAAAAUUGUUUCUGGAAAGGUUCGAUUCCCUUCUCACUUCAGUUCAGAUCUCAAGGACCUUCUAAGGAACCUGCUGCAGGUAGACUUAACAAAGCGGUUUGGAAAUCUAAAGAAUGGUGUGAGUGAUAUAAAAACUCACAAGUGGUUUGCCACAACAGAUUGGAUUGCUAUUUACCAGAGAAAGGUUGAAGCUCCAUUCAUACCAAAGUUCAGAGGCUCUGGAGAUACCAGCAACUUUGAUGACUAUGAAGAAGAAGAUAUCCGUGUCUCUAUAACAGAAAAAUGUGGGAAAGAAUUUUGUGAAUUUUAGAGCAACAAGAUGACAUCGGAGCUCACACUCAGUCUUUGCACUCUGUUAAGAGAUAAGGUAGAGCCGAGACCCUCCUUGUCAAAGCAGUUACCGAGUUCCUUCAUUCCAGCGACUGAGUGAGGUCUCUAUUCCCGUCAUCCGUGUGUGCACUCUGCAUCCACCUCUGUAACAAGGCACCGCUAAGCAAGCAUUGUCUGUGCCAUAACACAGAACUAGACACUCUCCUGCUUCCCUUUGGUUCUUCAUUCUCUUCUUCCACAUCCAUUCCGUCCUGUUUCAUUUCCAUUAAUUUUUCUGCAAAUAGUGCUCAUUUUAUUUUCUUGGUGUUUCAAAUGGGCAGUGUUAUGGCUAUGUGACUUUGGAAGGGAAGGAUAAAUGUUGCUUUUAGUAACUCUUAACCAAUAUUUGUGUUGGUCAGUUGCUUGAGGAUAUGCUUUCUAAUAAUUAUUUUUACUUUGAAUAGCUCAUACUCAGUUUUUGCCAAAACGCUGGACCGUUUUUAAAGAUAGAAUGUCUUUUCACCAAGGAUAUUUACACAAAUAAAACAUUAACUUUCCUAGAACUCACUAAUGCAGAGUAGCUAGACCCAGCAGUUUGGAUUCAUACAGAUCAGAAGCUCUGUGUCACUUCACUGCCUUUUCUGUCAUCCUCCCCUUGAGUAAAUACGUGACCAACCUGUGCAGUGUGACAGUCUCAUUUGCAGGAAAAGCUAAUAACAUGGAUCAUAAUCAUCCAGAUUCUCUCACUUGGUACCAGCAUUUAUGUAGGUAUCAAGAGAAGAGUUCUAAGAUUUAUAAACUUUAACUUUCCAUAAGGAUUUUAGACAGUAUUUUAAUAGAACAUGACUAAUGAAAGUGACAAAUUUUUAAGUUUCUCAAAAAGUCCCCAUUGUAAACUUUUUAAAGGAAGAGAAAUGAACUAAAAAGAACAUUGAUGUGAACAAAUACUCAUCUAAGCCAAACAAAUGGCUGGAUUCUUGUAAAUGAUACAGAGGCACUUUUGUUUAGAGGUAUUUUGUUUGUUUUGCUUUGCUUUGUUUUGUCACAGUUAAGAACAAAAUUUGUUGCCAGGUGAUUAUGCUGGUGUACUGUAUGCGUCAGCCUGAGAUAGAGGCGCUGCUGCAACUUCAGCUUUCAUCCUGUGCCUCGGCAAUGAGGAAAGGGGACAAAACUGCCACAAUUGUAUUUUAAUUUUGAGGUGUGGUAUUUUUAUAUAUGUCAUAAUUUCUAGCUUCUUUCAGUAAACGGAAUUAUGAUCAUGCAAAUACAAUUUUAGUAUUUGUUUUUUUAUAUAAUUUUUUUUGCCAGCUGACUUAAUAACAUUGCUAUCAUGUGGAAAUUUCAAGCAUUUUUGCCCAUUUCGUUCACUGUUUGUUGAGAAUCCAUGGCUUAACUCAAUUUUUUAAUUUUUUUUUUCUUUGCUUUUAAAUUUCCUGUCUGGUUUUAUCUCUGUGUGUCAGUGACCUAUCUUAAAACAACACACCAAAAUAGUUGAAAAUAAACUGUGUUCAUUUUUAUGAUCAAUUUACAUGCAUAUAAGAUGGGUUGUGUUUAAUCAAACUGAUCUUAAUGUAUAUAAACACUCUGCUUCAUUAUCGGUGCAGGUAGGUCACUGAUUCUACUUCUUUUCGUGUGUACCACACCUUUGUUAAAACCUUUGAAGAUGCUGAAGAAAUCUGUCUGAGAUGUUCUCUGCAUCAGUCUGUACAUCUUUUGGUUGUCAAGUGUUUCUGCAUGGUCAUGUCACUUAAAGCUGAUACUGAUUUGUUGGUCCACUUAUAUUUAAAAUGUGCAAGGAAAAUAUGAAAUACUUUGCUGUAGCAAAUUUUAUGUAAUAAAUAUCAUGUUAAUAAAUCUAAAACAUCAUUUGUAUAAAAUAAUUUAGGUUUUUUGUAUUUCAUUUAGACCCAAGAACAUGCUGAUCAUGUAUUCAAUAUGUAUGCUAUAAAUGCUAUGGUACCUAUGUUGUAUAUUAUUGUAAAAUUAUUACAUAAUAAUUUUAGUAAAUCAUGGGGUGACAAUUUGAUUAUUACAUUUUUAGUUUUCAGUAAUUAAAAAGAUUUCUAUGAAUUCUUAAAAAAAAAGAAAACAAAAAGAAAAUCAUGAAAUUACUAUUGCCUGGCACAAAUUUGCUCUAAAAUCUGCCUGGGUGGAUGACCCGUAGGCAUGCAUUGGUUUUGAGGGCUAUUUAGCCAUUCCAUUGAACUUCCAUUUGAAAGAUAUCAGCAAGCUUUGUCCCAAUCCAUCAAGGGAGUCUGUUUCCAACCACUCAAAUACACUGGAUUAGAAUAUCUUAGAAUUAUAUAAAACUCCCAGUUUCAGCCACAAUUUAGCCAAAAAGAAGAUAAAAACUUGAAUAAGAAAUAUGUGGAAUGAAUCAGUAUUUAAUCUCAGAUUACAUUAUUUUAAACAGAAGACAUAAUAAGGAGAUUACAUUGUCAGGAAAGGAGCCAUAGACUGAAAGUCAAGGCAUCUGAGUGUCAAGCCUUGUCUGUCACUAUCAGCCGUGAUCUUGCCCUCAGUUCUCUUAUCUGUAAAAUGGACGAGUUCCAUUAGGCAGUUUCUAAGGUCCCUUCUCACUUCCCCAUGUUUGAUGAUUUUUGACAUUCUGAGGGGAUAACAUGCUUUGAAGUAAGUCUCAGUAAGCCGAUAUUCUAGGGCAUCUUUCUUCUCCUUAAUUCUUGCAGUGUUCUUACAGUUCUUUGAAUAUCAUGAGAACCUUGUGUCUGUUCUGAUUCCUUCCUCCUUCACUGAUGCUAAUUGAUAUCAAACUGUCAACCUACCAAAAUGAUAUUGUGGCUUGUGGGCAUUGCUGUCUUGUUCUGAUGUGUUCCUGUGGUGAGUGCCCAUUGGCCUGAAAAUACUCAUUGUAAACCUAAAAAAAUCAUUUUUCUUUCCUACUGUUUUUUCUGCUUGUUGAAGAAUCAAAUGAAAUAAUGUAUGUGAAAGCACCUUGUAAACUGUAACCUAUCAAUGUAAAAUGUUAAGAUGUGUUGUUAUUUCAUUAAUUACUUCUUUAUUUAGAAUGGAAUUUCCUAUGCACUCCUGUAGCUAGGAAAUGCUGAAAACAACUGUGUUUUUUAAUUAAUAACUGCAAAAUUAAAGUAUCUUGAAAGGAUAGAA